GAAGGCCGCUUGGGAUGAGUUCAUUAUAUAUGACAAUCCAUUUCAGCUUUUAAGUUGCAGUAGUAUGCUUCCAUAGCCACCUCCUGCUGCUGCUGCUUCUCAUACUUGCUAUGUUUCCGUUAUAGUUCAAUCUCGUCAUCGAAGUAGAGUUAUUGAAGGUGGAUCGGAGGCGUGAGAAGAAGCCUCUUCCUCCCGACGGCCGCUUGGAGGAGGAGGUGGAGGUGGAGGUGGAGAAGAAGGCGGAUCAGGAGGGAGGAGGAAGCGAUUGGCACGCCGGCUUCUCGUUGGCACGCGCCGACGAGGACGCCAUGGCUUUGGUGUCGGCCCUCUCGCGCGUGAUCAGCUCCCGCGCAGGCGAGGAAGGGGGUGAGCCACCGGCGGCGGCCGGAUCGCAGUCGUUGGCGGAGAGUUUUCGUGGGGUGCAGGAAGCAGGGCCGCCACGCCUGGCCCAAGAAGAUGAAGGGAGCCAGAGGGGGCGCCGCUACAGGGGAGUGCGGCGGCGGCCCUGGGGGAAGUGGGCGGCGGAGAUUCGAGACCCGAAGAAGGCGGCGCGGGUGUGGCUGGGCACCUUCGACACCGCCGAGGACGCCGCCGCCGCCUACGACGAGGCCGCAUUGCGCUUCAAGGGCGCCAAGGCGAAGCUCAACUUCCCCGAGCGCGUCCAGGGCCGCCUCAUCGCCCACCUCAUCUCCCCCCAACGCCCUACGCCGGCGCCGCCUCCUUUCCACCCCCCUCCUCUGCCCGCCGCCUACCCAGACCUGCUGCAGUACGCCCAGCUGCUGCAGAGAAGUCCAGAGGAAGACGAACAUCCUCCUGCAGCGGCGGCGGCGGAAGCGUCGGAGCUAACGUACGCCGCCGGCAGCACGUUCUCGUCGAUCGGGCCGUACUAUUCGCAUGAACAACUCUUUGGCUUCCCUUCUCAGCCUCAUUCUCCAUUCACCACCACUCUUUCUUCUUCUUCUUCUUCUUCUUCUUCUUCUUCUUAUUCUUCUUCUUCUCCUCAUUAUCGUAGUUCUAUCUGUUCAUCGUCGUCGUCGUCGUCUUCCAGUACGAAUUCAUGGGCGCAUGGUCAAAGAAAGGAUAGAAAUCGCAGUCAGACUCGAUGAACAAUUUGUGGUGUAACGAGAUGAUCAUAUGGAGACUUCAAUGAAAUUUCUUAAUUGAAAGAAUAAUAGCUUAAUUUUAUUUUGAAUUAAUUGUUG